AUGAAGCUCUCAAUCCUAUCACUCCUUUCCUUGGCUCUUUCUGCGACUGCAGCUCCCGCCGGCUGCGACUUUAGCCUGGUCGGAUUCGCCAAGGACAAUCCAAUUGGACCUACCACUGGCGGUGCUGGCAGGCAUGGCAAGAGUGUGACUGUUCGGACAGUGGCCGAGUUCAUCAAGGCUGUCAACGGCAGUGAGCCAACAGUUGUGUACGCCAAGGGUAGCUUCAAUCUCACAUCGCGAGUUCAAGUUGGGUCCAACAAGUCCGUCAUUGGAGUCGGCAAGGGAGCUCAGAUCACUGGUUCGGGCCUGAACAUCUUCAACAAGACCAAUGUUAUCAUCCGCAACAUUGGUUUCACGGCCAUUGACGAUGACGCCAUGACUAUUCGUAACAGUACCCGCGUGUGGAUCGAUCACAACGAGUUCACUACUGGCAACUUCCCUGCUCUUGGCCCUGAUGCUUACGACGGCCAAGUCGAUAUCAUUCGCGCGGCGGAUUGGAUCACGGUAUCAUGGAACUACUUCCACGAUCAUUGGAAGAGUUCUCUUGUUGGCAACAGCGAUGCGCUCAGAGAUGUUGACCAGGGUCAUUUGCACGUCACCUACCACCACAACUACUGGAGAAACGAGGGUACCCGUGGUCCUGCUGGUCGUUUUGGUCACCAGCACAUCUUCAACAACCUCUAUGUCGACUUCUUGUACCAAGCCAUCCACUCCCGCAGCGAUAACCAGGUUCUCGUCGAAGGUAAUGUCUUCAAGGGCAAGACACGCGAGGCUCUCAGCACUUACGGACUUGUCAUCCCGGAGGACAGCCCCAACACUAGCCCCGAUGGCGAUUACGAAUUGGACGGCUUCGCCAACCUCGGCGCAAAGAACGACUUUGGAAAGGCUGGUGUCAACAUCACUCAAGUCGGCAACUUCACCAGGGCGCCUUACAAGUACAAGCUUACUCCACUGAAGCAGGUCGAGAAGAUUGUAAAGAGCGGCGCUGGUCUCGGCAAGAUCUGA